AUAAGUAAGAUCGAUCAUAAUGUCUGAUAGUAAAACCGUAGUUGUUACCGGAGCCUCUUCGGGAAUUGGGUUGGCAGUAGCUCGGGAAUUUGCCCUAAAAGGUUAUAAUGUCAUAGCUGGUGCCAGAAGACUUUCCUCUAUGGAAGAGUUGAAAAAGUACAACGUCACAACUGUAGAGUUGGACAUCACUUCCCCUGAAUCGGUUGAGAAACUUAAGAAGUUGAUUGAAACCGAAUACGACGGAGCCAUCAAGUAUCUUUUGAAUAAUGCUGGUCAAAGCUGUGCCGCAGCAGCUGUCGAAGUGUCUGACGACGAAGUCUUCAGGUGCUUUGAGGUGAAUGUUUUUGGUCAUAUAAGAGUUACCAGAGAAUUAGCUCCGUUUGUGAUAAAAACAAAAGGUACCAUUGGGUUCACUGGCUCUGUUCAAGGUAUCCUAGAAACUAUGUUCCUAGGAGUUUAUGCGAGUUCAAAGGCUGCAAUUCAGUCAUAUGCUUCGGGGAUGGCGUUUGAAAUGGCUCCAUUUGGUGUUAAGGUGGUGAACUUUGUUACAGGAGGUGUCAGAACUGCAAUGAGCGGAAUUGAUUUGAAAUCUGUGCUUUACGAUGAAGAGGGAUUGGAAGAGGUAAAGAAAGCCUACUCUGAACUUACGAAGACAGGCAUGGACUCCCAUGUCUAUGCUAGGAAGGUUAUCAAAGACUUUGAACAUUCUAAGUUGGGUGUGGUUCACCAUUAUAGAGGUGCUGGAUCGACUACAGUUUGGAUAGCUCAUACUUUCUUCCCCAAAUUCGUUUUGAGUAUGUUGUUUGGGCUGGUGCUUAAGUUAUCAACUCUUCUUAAAUCGAUAACCAACAAGUACAAAUAAUGGCUUUUACGUAUAUUUCAAUAGAAGAGCUUUUAACAAGUCUGGGGUAACAUUGGAAAUUUUUUAGUGCCCCAAUUAUAUCAGCCCAACACCUCAAAAGCUUUCAAUUGAGCCAAGUUGAGAUUGAACAUUUCAUCAUAUAUAUACUUAUUCAUAUGACAAAUAUAUUUAACAAGGAGAACGUAUUAUAAGGUGAAUACAGAGUAAACCAUAAAAAUUUGAACUUUCUACCAAGCAGCAGCUUCGGGGAAGCAUCUACCGCCGGAAAUAUGGCGUCCCAUGAGAAUCUCAGGAAGAGCUUCAACAUCUACUCUUGGUAAUUGGACGGGACUGCCAAAGUUCUUGUCAACAUUUUCUUUGGCAGAUCCGGAUGACACUGGGAUAAUAUUAAUGACCUCGGGAUUCCUUCGAAGUCCUUAGGGCCUGAUACACUUUGAACAUAGCUCAAUGACAAAGCUUCCAAGGUUAAAUUCUUGGACUUGGUGGACGAGUAUAAAGAGUUCAAGCGACUCUUAUUUCUUUGAAGGCGUCAGAACUUCGGUGGGUGUAUGGGUCAUAGCCUUGAAUUUUUUUGAGUGAAAGGUCUUCAAGAAAUCAAGAUGUUCAGCAGCAUGAUCGGUUAAAGUUUCUCUAUUCAAAGGGGAAUAGGCAAUUAUUGGAAUCUGGCGCUUGUACACUUCUUCCACAACUCAAUGGUAAACGAUAUCAUCUCAAAAUAAGGAAAAUUCUACGUCAAUUCCAGAGAUUGGUGCAGCAGCAACAGCUUUCUUUAUAGAUACAGUACCUACUUCACUAAUACGGACACCAGCAAGCUCGCCACUAUUAUCAAUUGAUCGGUUAAUGUUUUCCUUGGUAGAAUUCUGCACCGUCGAAAAAUUUGACCGCUGGCUACAAUUAGUCCACUUUUUACUUUUUUUUGUUGAGUACGAGAAAAUACUGAACAUUCUCGACCUGCAGCAUGGCUAUCUUUAUGAGCUUUGGGUUCAACAACAUCUCUUUGCGUGCUAAUGAGUUUUCUCAUUCUUGAACAAUAUUAUCUGUGUACCUGGGCAUUGGGCAUCUCU